GCCCUUCACUCAAGCUCCCAGCCCGCCGCCACUGGUGUUGGAGAGGCCCGACACGCGGGUGACGGCGGUCAGCCCUCACAGCCUGAUGGAGGAGAGGGAGCUGCUCAAGAGAGAAAAGUGUAAACGAGCCCAGCUGCAGACGUGCUCGCCCGCGCCAGCCUCAGAGGAGCCGUGCACGCCGAGCAAGUCUGAGGCCCCAAGGCUCGGAUCCAAGGUGACGCCAGACCAGCAGACGGCCUGCCCCGAAACAUCUAAAGUCACCUUGGCCUCAGACCUUGACGUGCUGGCGGAACUGUACUGCGCCUGCAUUUCUGAAAACCUGGUGCCAAACGUUUUUCUGGAGCUGUUCUUUGUGAUGCAGCUGCUCACGUCUCGAUGUCCUCACACUCCUGACAACAAGGAUGACGAUGAGGAAGAGGAGGAGCGUGUGCGGACGCUCAAUUCAGGCGUGCUGGAGAGGCGCUACCUGAGGAAAGUGCACAACUGUGUGUACUUUGCAGUGAAGGUGUUGGAGAAUCAGUAUCACUUGUUGGCUCACCUGGACAAAUGCACGUUGCGUCUCCUGGCCGAGAACGAGAGAGUGGCGUCGUUCUCGCCGCGCCUCAGGGAUCGCUUGAGUCAGGCCCAGGACACGAGUACAGCCAAGCUCUCUCCCUCCGUUUCCACGUUCAUCCACUCGGUGCCCUUCCAGCCUGCCACAGACAAUCGCUCCAAUUUCAGCAGUGACAAGGCCUUCCACACCUUUAAAAAGCAAAG